CUUAUCGCUGGCGCAGGAUAUUUCUUCACCUCGUGGUUCGCAAAGGUUACUUUGCAAAAACCGGGCGAAAAUUUCUUCACAAAAAUCUAAACUUUUCGAAGGUAAGCCUUUAUAGUAGCUGCAAUAUUUACUUUAACAACGUGUCAGUCCAAAACCGAAAAAUUCUGUUCAAAGAAGCUCAUUUUUCGAAAAAUAACAUGGCAGCUCUCAAAGCAAGAGGUAGAUCUGCUUAGCACCUAUACAUAACAAAUUGGUGAAGUCUUGAUUUAUAAUUUGCACUUUUCUUUUUUUGAAAGAUGGAACCUGCUAUCUUAAUUGAAUUUAUGUUUUUUGCUUGUGUUAAGUUCACGACUAUAAAUUCAAGUCACUGCCAUCUAGUUGUAUCUUACAUUUAUACAUAAUGCACGCACGCUGAUACGUACAGUACAGAGACUUGCAUUCUAUCCGAGUUGAUGAAAAUUUUUUGUCAUUAGCACUCAAAUAAGGUAGGGUUUAUUUGCUACAAAAUUAUGUGUGGUAAAGCAGUUUGUUUGUUUUUGUAUUGUGCAGUGAUAUACAUUGUAGACGAUUAGCCAGGAGGAACACAACUUUGUCGUUUCUUAUAUAAAAAUUUGAUGAUUGUCGCGUGGUCCUGUUAGGUUAUAUAAGCUCAGCCCGGCUCUUCAUGAGUGGACGAAAAAGAUUUGAGUAAACAAUGAAUUAUGAAUCUGAACUUUAAUCAAUAAAUAAUUUUGCAUGUCAGUUCCUCAAACCAUCUACCAUAUGUGAUGUUCUUUGAAAGUUAUAUUAGAGGACUUGAUUAAACAAGAAGCUUAUAUCAUAGCAACUGCAGGAAACUGAUUGGCUAACUGUCUGUUUGAUGUUUAAUCAAGUGAUUGGUUGAUUGCCUGAUUGGUGGGCUGGUCCAUUAAUUGAAUGACUCAUUGAUUAAUUGAAUGAUUGAUUGUUGAUUGACAGUCCCAUAAUGUCUGAUCCUGCUCAAGAAGAUCUGUCUGGCAGUGAAGGAGAUCAGAUGGGCAGUUCUCCUCCAAGUAAGUAAAUAUUAGUUUGAGUAUAACACCUAUCAUAAAAAAUUCAAGGUGCAAGACUUAGUUUGGGUCAUGCUCUAAGUUUACUGUCAGCCACAAAUGUAUUGGUUGGUUUUCACUUACGAAAGGGUUACAGUCACAUUCUCAGUCAUGAUAGUAAAGAAGCAAGGACUGAUACAAUCAAGUAAAAAUCAAACCAGUGGAAUCAGGAGAAAAAUGUUGAUUCUGCUAGAAUACAUGAGAUUUACAAAAAUUUCACCUACGAUCCGGUGAAAACAGCAGGAUUUUUAUUGGAAGCUGGGUCCCGGGUACCGGCACCCAUCUACUUUGAACAGAGUACCUGGCUACUCAAAGUACAAAAUUCAAAAAGAAAAUUGUCAAGAAAAAAAAUUAUUAACCUCACUAAAUAUUAACUCUUCCCUGUAAGAUUAAAACCAUUUUUCAGCACAAAUUUACCAAUAACUUGUCAUCAGAUCGUGGAAAUAAAAUUUACUUUGACGUGAAGGUGCUGUGCGACCGUUGCGUUCUUCCAGAAGUGCUUGAUUAGCUAUUACAUAACUCUUGCACGUCACCUUCGACAUGUUUAAAAGCAAGUGCGUUCUGUGGAGUCAGCGUGGCAAGCAAAUGAAAAACUCAAGGCGUUCUGGAUUCCUUUUUGUCAUUUGCAUAUGAGAAGUCAAAAGUUAGUUUUGAGUAUGUUUACACUUAUGUUGUUUACACAUUCCUUGGAGGGAAACACGGAAGUAUCAUUUGCAUAUGAAAGGUCAAGCACAAUGAAAAUUGACUUAAUGUUUUCCAGUUUUAAUUGGAUUACAGCUGGUGAAAUGAUUUUUUGAAAAAAUUACAUAUCCUUUCUGUGCAUUCCAUUAUUUAAACUGUUCAUAAAACACUUUGUAUUUUUUCUGAAAUAUAAUUCAGGAUAUAAAAUAAACUACAAGAGAUGAAUGUUGCAAUAAAAGGAGCUCAUCAGCUACCAUGAAUGUCUCAAUAUGCCAACGUUUUGUUGGUAUUCAAAGCUUUUAAAAAUAUUCCAAGCAAGUGAAAGAAACUAUGUUCCAAUUUAAUUUUCAUUUAAGAUUAAGCCAAGAAAUGUAUUCAAAAACAUAUCAAAAAUUUCAAAUGUGUAAAUUGGCUUCAGCCUGUGCUGACACUGAAAAUUUGUCAGUUUCACUCUUUAUCAGUUUAUAAGUUUAAGAUAGCUUGUCGCAGUAGUUAGCUUGUACUGCGUCUCAAUAAGCCAACAUUUUGUUGGCUUUCAAAGCUUAAAUAUUCCAAGCAAGUGAAAGAAACUUGAAAGAAACUUUUUUCCAAUUUAAUUUUCUUUCAAGAUUAAGCCAAGAAAUGCAAUCAAAAACAUAUCAAAAAUUUCGAACGUGAAAAUCUGCUUAGGCCUGUACUGACGCUGUUACACUCUUUAUCGGUUUACAAGUUUAAGUUAGCUUGUUACUGUAAGAAAAGAGGAGGCUCUGAGAACAAAAGCAGUGUUUUGAUGCAGUUGUAGCUGUAUAGUGAAAUAAACAAAUUUUCCCAGAGUAUCAUUCUUUUUUACUAUAAUUAGAAUAAGUAUGCGUCAUAGCAAGAUUUCUUUUCCAGAUUGCAGGAAAAUACACUUCCGGGAGACUUACAUUUUAAAAAUUUCCCAGGGGAGCAUGCCCCCAGACCCCCCCAGAGGUUCAGGAAUUCAGCCCUCAAUUUUACAGGUUACCUGCCCACUCACAAGGCAGUGCCCUUCUACUUCAAAAGUUAAUGAAAACUGAAACUGGAUUGCUGGAGUUGGAAGUGGAAGGUGGAGAAUAAAUUGGUCAAAACGCCUGAAAACUGGCUUUUAAUGGAUUGGUGGUUCCAUUUCUGCCUACAGCACUAACAGUUUAGUUUUCACUAGAUCACUGUCAUGAGCAGGUCGGAAGAAAAUCUAACCGUUCUUCUGACUCCAAUUCUGUGGAGCUCAUUACUGGGAUUAUUGAUCCUCACCAGUUUUGAAGUGCUGUUAUAGCUCUAACUUUGCUAGUGAAAACUGGCCUUGAAUGGGCAUUAGUCAAUUGCCCAGGAAACACUGGGGUGGGGGUGAAUGUAAUAGCUUCCCGUGCAAAAGGAGGAGAAAUUUCCCAAGUUACUUUGCUCUGUACACCUUAACAUUAGUAUGCAUAUUCUCCAUACUCUUCUCUAUACAUUUCUGAAGGUCUUGAGAAGGAGAAUUUCUUGAACAAUCAUGAGCUUCUUUAGUUGUUGAUGCUUCCCUUUAUUCCGAUAUGAUUCAGUAGUAAUAUUGUAAGGAGAAAUAAGAUGCUGGCCAUUCUUAGGAGUUAAAGGGGUGAAUGCUUCAGACACCAGCUACAAGCUUUUGUAGUUAUACAAGUCUGUCUCGUGCAGUUGUAACCUAUUUUAUAUACCAUUAUUUUAGGUAAUUAAAUCACUUUGGUGGGCCAUUUCUUUUUAUUUUAGAUGACACUGCUCUUCAACUUAUGCAAAAUCCUCGACUUCUUGCAGCACUGCAGGUUUGUGUUAAGGAACAAAAUCACCAUUAAAUGAAAAUCUUGGCCUUUUUUCCCACAUUACCAGGAUGUAUGGAAUACAUACAUGUGACUGUAGUUCACUGUAGGACAGGCCAGAAACAAGGAAGUAAGGAAAGCAGAGUAAUGAUAUGACAGUAUUAAAAAAUCCAAAUGCUCAUUUGUUUAUAUUCUUUAGGCUUGACUUUUAAGCUGCCAACUUUGAAGGCUACUUGAAUAGCCUGGUUUUUGUGGUAUUCAUUUUGCUGGGCUGGUUGUAAGAUAAUGGUGGAGGGUGUAUUUUUAAACCUUGAAAAUAAAAUGAAAGUGCAAUAUAUCAUGCUUGGUUAGUUCAUGUUGUAGAGCAGGAGGUCCACAGUUCAAACUUUAACUGGACCAACUUUCAGGGUCUUAAUAUAGGUACAGAGAAUGUGCUGUCUUUGCUUUGACAUCAAAAAAUGUCUAGACAUUCUUGUCUUUUUCGGAUAAGGACGAUGAAUGGUAGGCCUCAUCCCCUGUAUCUUCUCAGUGCUGGUUAGCAGGGGACUGAUAAAAACCUAUGCCCUCCUUGAAAGGAGUAGAGAGCAUUACUCCCUGUGUUGUGGUCUGGUGUUGUUCAACUAGCUUUGAAGCUGAAAUGGGCCAGCCUGUCUAAAUACCCCAAAUAAAUAAAUAAUAAAUCCUGUAAUGCAUGCUUUAACACAGUAUUUAUUGGGAGAUUUUGCUUAGGGUUAGGCUCAGGCAUGUAUCAUGUUAAACCAUGAAAUAAGGAGUUACAGUUUUGGAAAGAGUGAGGUUUUUAUGACAGAUGGUAGAGCUUUCACUUUACAAACAAAACAUUUUGUUUUUGUUUGUUCGUUUUGUUUACUAGGGGGGCCUUAGCCGAAUAGUUGGAACCCAGUCUGGAUAUAUUCAAAGGUAUUUCUAUGUCAAUCAUUAUAUUAUGUUUAGAUUACUACCAAAACAAUAACAUUUUACUUUGAAUCAAAAAAAUUUUUUAAAUCAAACCUUGUAAGGGUUCUUAAAAAUUCUGUAUUCAACCCUUUUACUCUAGUGUCAGUAUUCAUGUUUUCAACACUCCUCUUCAUACAUUUCUUUUGAUACUGACAUGGGGAAUUUGUUUAGAAAUCAAAGGGUUUAGGUUGAUGAUCAUUUCUUCUAUUCUUAUGAUCUUAUUAACAAAUCAUUCAGCAGUGUUACAAUGGGGAGAAAUUUGAUGCUGCUCUCUCUUAGGGUUUAAAGGGUUUUGAAUUACUUAUCAAUUCCUGAUUGCUUAGUGAAUUAAUUAGUUUCCUAAAUGCCCAUACAGCCCUUCCAAGUUUUUAACUCUUUAACCUUUUGUGAUAAGACACUUGGCUAUUACAUUUACUGGUUAUGGUUUUAAGAGUAUCAUUUUGUUUUUACUUUUAAGUCUUCCCAAACCUGUGAAACGAAGGUUAAAGGCUUUGAAAAAUAUACAGGUCAGUUUCUUUGAUUUCUUCAAAUGUUUGUUGAAGUAGUUUCGAUAAUUUUGUGGCUUACUUGCUCACUGUCCCUCUUCUGGUCCCCACUUUUGUAUUUUUUGCCAUGUGUUUCUUUGUUGUGUUCCAGGUUGAAUGUUGCAAAGUGGAAGGGUUAUUCUACGAGAGGGUACAUGCUCUUGAAUGUGAAUUUGCUGAAAAGUUUAAACCAUUUUUUGAAAAGGUAAGGCAGUAUUUUGUUUUGUUUGUAAUAAUUUAUGAUGUCUAUAUGAAGAUUUUAAAGUUACCAAUAGAUUCUUUACUUUUACAAUCCCUUCAUCUAUCAGGAUUCUAGAAAACUGUCAGGCGAUGUUUAAAAUGCCAUGGGGUAUCCUGCAAUGGACUUGUGUCUGUUUCAAGGGGAAAUCUUCUAAAAUCGUUAUUACACCAUUUGCUGAAAAUUCACUACAAGGCCACCCUUUUAUUUUAUUUUUCUUUCAAUUUUGUCAAAAUCUUUUUUUUUUUUUUUUUUUUUUUUCAUGUCGACACUCUUCUGAUCUCAAUGCUUUGGGAAUAUUGUCUCACUAGCCCAAUAAAAUAUACCAGUUCACACCUUAACCUUUUGACACCUAGGAGUGUUUUGCAUCUAAACUUUCUCCUUACAAUAUCACCCCUGGAUCAAAUACUAAGGUCACGAGAAGUAGGAAAUGAUUACCAAAUAAAGAAGCUGUGAGUGUUAACAAAUUCUCCUUGUCAGUACCUAGGGAAAUGUAUAUCAAACACUUUGGAGAAUAUGUAAGCUGAUAUCUGGGUGUAAAGGGUUAAAAGAAGGCUUGACUAUUCUGUGGUAAAUAUCCACAGGACCUUUUAGCUUAGGGUUAGAGGUUAGCAUGACCAAUGUGAAGGACUUUUGAAAAUAUUAUUGUAUUGUACAAGGCCAGAAAGGAAUGAUGAAAUACUUUUUUUAUCUUGUAUGGAUGAUAGCGUCGCAACAUUGUCAAUGGACUAGUGGAACCUACAGAUGAGGAAUGCCAAUGGCAAAGUGAUGAGGAGGACGAUGAGAAUGAGGACAAGGAAGAGAAAAAAGAGGAAGAUGUUACACAGCUGACUGUAAGCUGGAUGUUUUGAUCAUUUGUCAUGUUGAAAUCAAUCUUUGUGCUGUUACUAUCCUUCAGGCUUAAUGUGCAACUGAAUUUUCUAGGUAACAUUUCUGUGUGGGGUAGUGCUCAUAAUUUUAUUUUAGACUUCUGGAAAAUGAAAAUGUCUCUUAAAAAAAAAACAGUGAAAAUGUCUUUUAAAAAAAACAGUGUGCUAUCACUGAGAGAAAUAGAAAUUCUUUAGGGGUGGAGAGGACAUAUUGGGGAAAUAAAAUGGGCUUCAUCCUUUCACCCCUUAAAGUGAUAAGCAUCUAAUUUCUCCCAAAGUUAUCACCCCUGAAGCAAGCAUUAAGGACAUGAGAAUAACAGAAAUGAUCCACAACUUACAAAGCUCUGGAUUGUUAGACAAAUUCUCCUUGGCAGUACCAUGGGAAAUGUAAAGGGUACUGUAUGGAGAAUAUGCCACUGGCAUUAGGGCGUUAAAGGUUAAGGUUUUUUACUUUCAGUAGUAACAACUAGAUCUUUUCAUCAAAGUUUAUAAAUUUCAGAUUACUGAAAAUGUUUCUUUCCUCUCCUCCUCAGGGUGAAGUGAAAGAAAAAGUGAAAAUAGAGGAUGAAGAGAAGCUUGAGACUUCAGAACUAUCAGGUAGGUUGAGCUUUUUCUCUUUAGAAUGAGAGCCUUCUCUUCUUUUUUUAUGGUCAUGGUUUGUUCACAGACUGAAAGAAAUUAGCUUAGUGAUCAAUCUGUCUCAUCCUAGAUGAUGUCAAGGGUGUUCCAGAGUUUUGGUUGACAGCGAUGAAGAAUGUAGAUCUGUUAGCUGACAUGAUUCAGGUGAAAUUAAUUUUGCAACCCAUUUUAACAGAUUAUAUUAUUGUUGUGUUAACAGUAUAGAUAGUGAAAAGAAGAAGUUUAGGUUUGCAUCUGAAUCAGUGGUUCAAAACUCAAAACUGGCAGCUAAGCCACUCAUGAAGUGUCUGAACUGUUCCAGAUUCAAAAAGCCCUAUUUUCAAAACUGAUUCAGAAACAGAAUUUUAUAGAAAAUUUUAUUUUGUGAACAGAUUAUAUCAUAUUAUUUUGCUUUGUUAACAGAUUAUAUUAUUGUUGUGUUAACUGUAUAGAUAAUGAAAAGAAAAAGUUUAGGUUUGCAUCUGAAUUAGUGGUUCAAAACUCAAAACUCAAAACUGGCAGCUAAGCCACACGUGAAAAAUGUCUGAACUGUUCCAGAUUCAAAAAGCCCUAUUUUCAAAACUGAUUCAGAAGCAGGAUUUUAUAGAAAAUUUUAUUUUGUGAAGGAGACCUCAGAGUCAGCCUAUCAAACAAUAAUUUUAAAAUGACCACAUGUUCACCUGUGUAGGGAAGCCCAAUUUAGUAUUUUUCUGAAGUCAAGGUACUGUACUUGGAUAUAUGUAAUUUUUUUAUGGUUGUUAAAGUUGAAACUGAAUUUUGUUUUUCUAUGUACAUCACUUAGGAACAUGAUGAACCAAUUUUGAAGCAUCUCCUUGAUAUCAGAGUCAUUUUUACUGGGCCAGACAGCAAUGUUGACACAACACAGUAUCCUCAACCUACACCAAUGGUUUGUAUCGGAGAAAGUUUUAAUCAUACUGUUAUUAGUGCUGAUAAUAUUGUCAAUUUAGCCUGCAUUAAUCAGUGAGAAUGUUUAUGUUUUAGGUGGUGUCAGCAAAGUCAAUUUUUGUUUAAAUUUGUCAUAAUAAGAAUUGUUUUCUUCUGCUAAUACAAUGUUUUUUUUUUUUCUAUUUUCAGGGCUUUGUGCUGGAAUUCCACUUCUCACCAAACCCUUAUUUUACAAAUACUGUAAGUUGAGACACCUAACACUGUGUAGGAAAAAAAACUAUCUACUUUUCUUACCCCUAGUUGCGGUUAUGGUGGGAGAAAUGGAAUGAAUAGAAAGAAAAAAGCUGCUAAAGCUUUAUAUUAUAUGGUCCCAAUGAUUCCAAAACAUUUGCUUAGAGAGCAGAUCAAAGUCAACCCCUUAUCUCUUCAGUGUGCAAACUCUCUAUACAUUUCCUAGUACUAAAAUCACCUUCAAAAUGCAUCAUGGUUUUUUUUUUUUUUUUUACAAAGCUAGAAGUGUUGUUGCUCUGCAAUGCAAUCUUUGUAACAAAAGCAGAUCUUUUAAGUGACAGAAGAUAAAGACAACUGAUAUUUAAAAAAAAAAAUGUCUUGUUUCUAGGUUUUAACCAAGAGUUAUAAAAUGAAAUGUGAGCCAGAUGAGGAAGAUCCAUUUUCAUUUGAGGGGCCAGAAAUAAUCAGCACAUCUGGGUAAUUUUUUGAUCACUUUUAUCAUAUUUAAAGGUUUACUGAUUGAUCUGUGUUGCUUAGGGUUAGGGUUAGGGUUAGGGUUAUUUGUUCUGUCCAUGGGUUAUUUACAAAUAAUUUUGCAAAUUCCAUCGUGAAGUGAAUCAACCCUUCUUACAAUAAAAUCGGUUUGCAACUUCUACACACUGUUCUCUAUACAUUUCCUAUGGUGCCAACAGGGAGAAUUUAAAGUUAACAAUUAAGAGCUUUUUAGCUGUUGAUCAUUUUCACUAUUCUCGUGAUCUAACUGUUAUUUAGGGGUGAUGUUGAUGUUGUAAGGAGAAAUUAUAUAUUUAUCACUCUCAAGGGUCAAAGAGAGGGUUAAAGGGUAAUUUUCCACACUGACACUUGUUUUUGAACCCAUUGUUUGGCCUGUAUGUGUUAUUUUGCUGAUACAAUUCUAUUAAACAAGUUUUUUUCAUUUUAUUUUAGCUGCAAUAUCGACUGGAAGAAAGGCAAGAAUGUGACACAGAAAGUUGUAAAGAAAAAACAAAAGAAAAAGGGUAUGUUUUGUAAACUUUACAGGUCACUGUUAUAUGAAUCUCAGAAAUAAUUGGUGAAACAAUAUAUAUUUGUUUUUUAUUUAGGUUCUGGUGGCAGAGGACAAACAAGAUUUGUCAGCAAAACAAUAAAAAAUGAUUCUUUCUUCAACUUCUUUUCCCCUCCAGAAGGUGAGUCUAGUUCUUGUAAUACAACCCAGAGGCCAGUAGUUUUCAAAUGGUGGUUUAUAGUAUCCAUGAUUUGAGUGAAAUUUGGUUUGAUUUCUCUUGUUUUAAAGCAUAUGUUAGGGCUAGUAUGUUAGGUUAUUUUAUCUAGCUGUGACAAAAAUUUUGAGGGAAAAAUUAAGAAUUGGUUGAAAAAUCAGAUCUCCAAAGUAGUAAAACUAAGACAAGUUCCUCACACUUACUUGGGAUUUGUGUAUUUUGAACAGUGCACAUUAGCCUUUGACAUAAAACAAGGUUUGAUCCCCAAACCUCUAUAUCUGCUACUCAACAGUCUCGCCUUUAGUCUGACGUUCUGUGUUUUAAUUUUCUACUUCUUACCCAUUUGUUAGGAAAAUCACACUCAUUACACUCUUGUUCUUACAUUAUGUAACUUUUUUUCCAGUUCCUGAAGAUGAGGCUGAUAUGGUAUGUUUCCUAGUUGAAGAUUUUCCUUACUAGCCAAUUUUAUUUUUUGCAAGUAUGAGUGAAACGUUUUGUAAAUGAAUGGUGCUGCAUCAGAUAACUGCAUGGACAUAAAUAAAUAAUGUACUGAAAUGUUGUUUCAGGAUGAAGAAACAGAGGCUCUUUUGUCAGCAGACUUUGAAAUUGGUCAUUUCUUCAGAGAAAGAGUAAUUCCAAAGGUAGAAUUAUCUUGGAAGUUUGUUUAAAAUGUUGUAGAGAUUUAUUUUGAGGAAACACUUCUGAACAUAAUUAUUGUAUCCCUCUAAGCUCUUAGUCAUGAAGUGAGAUUUGUAUGGGUAAUCAGAUGGCAGAGAUUGAAAGGAUAGUAGGGUAUUUUGAAGUGUGAAUCAGUAAGAGCCAUCGUGGGUCUUUUAUUGCUCUCUUGUAACAUUUCAUUUUGAAAAAGUGGUUCAGACUCCUGAGCUGUUGUUGUUGUUGUUGUUUUUAGCUUGGCGGGUGUUAGAUGCCAAUCCAUGUGCAUCCUGGCACGUGAUUUAGAAUUACUAAUGAGUUUGUUGACAAGUGUCUUCUUUUUACUGUUUCAGGCUGUUCUGUAUUUUACUGGAGAAGCUCUUGAAGACGAGGUUAGUUAAUCGUUUAAAUUGCAGACUGAAGUGAUUUACUUAACCAUCACCUUACAAUAACGAUAUAUCAUUAAACAAUCAGAUUUUCACUAGAAAGUUCUGUCGUGAUGAAACACCAAAUUUUCUUAACUGAUAAACGACCGCUUGUAAUAUUGUAUUGGAAACAUAGAAUCGCAAAUGUGGUUUUAAGAAAAAUCUUAAUAACGAUGAUGGAUUGGGUUUAAUUGGGUCAAGUGUUGCCACUAAUCUGUUACGCCUAUAAAGGGCAUCAGUUGGACCUAAGUGAAGUUCUAAUCUUUAUAACGACAUGUCUUGCGUUAACUCCCACGAGUGACCAGAUGCCCAUACCCUCUCAAGCAGACAAGGGAUGAGGUUAAAGAAAAAUAUUAAUUCGGGGAUGACUAGUUGAUCCAAUGCCAAAUCAAUAGAACUAACAUCGUAAGAAUUGCAUGGCAGAAAGUGAAGAGAAUUUAAGUAGAUCUUGGGAGUGAAAUGGUUAACCUUGAUGAAGGUUUAGCAGCUAGAAAGGAGAAAUGGUAACGUGGUACGUCAUUAUACUCUCAUCUCAUUUAUACCGUAUAGUGUUUUUGUAAUGCAAGGAAAUGUUACUUGUGAAAACACUUCUGAAAGCUGAAGAGUGGGGAGGGAGGGGGGGGAAGAGAGAGAGAGAAUUAAUUAUGUGGUUCACCCUUACACUUUCGAGUCUUCCCUCCAAGAAACUAAUUAUCCUUCUGUAAUUUUUAUUUUUCAGUUCGAAGAAGAAGAAGAUGAAGGUGAAGAUGACGAGGUAUGUUUAUGGUAUACUCUAUACUCUAGAUUGUUCGGACGAAAUGCCGGACAGUUGGGAGAAGGAGGGAAAUGGAGAAUACAAACAAUGUGUGUUACGCCUCCAAUUUUACCCGAGUUGUCUACAAAUGAAAAUGAUUUGUGUUUGUUAUAAAUCAUAUUUUACUGGAGUUGCCAUUGAAGUCGUAGAAGUCACUUCCCUCGAACUUCAAGAAGAUGCAUUUUCUACGGGGAAUGUAUGGAAGUGAGGUGCGCCCGCAGAACAGUAUUCUGUUAUCUUUGACAGCAGUGAUCAAUGCAAUAAUCAUGACGUGUGUGAGAGCCCACACCCACCCCCUCCCCCACCCCAUCCUUUUUGACAGCAAAGUCUCUUUAGAGUUCGAGAGGUUUUCCAUGGUGUAUGAUUACUUGUUCUUUUUCUUUAUCAGGAAGGCGAGGGUGAUGAAGAGGAAGAUAGCGACCCCGAUUAUCAACCACCCCCGGUGAGUCAAGUGAUUCAUUAGCAUUACCCACGGGUUUCAAUGAGAGCCGGUUACCGGCAGUCUACUGCCGCCUUCAAUUUGAGACCUCUCAGCUCCGUCUGUUGAGCUUGCGAGCAGGCUGUUUUGUUAAGGUUUCGCCUUACUGCGCAGCCACCUAUCUCACCAUCGGCAGCCGCUGAGCACUUGUUGAGCCCGUCUAAAGGGGAACAUCUCUGCCUAUACGACCGUCCAUUUAUUUACUUUAUUGCAUCCGAUUAGUUAUAAGGGUGGUGUGCAGUUUCUAUACCGUCUACAGUGCGUAGUGAGGCAAAAUUUUGAUAGUUCUGCUCUUGUUUUCCAUCACUCGUUUUGUUAGAGUUGACCGUUCUUCAGCAGUAAAAACCUUGUAAUGGUUAAACGAUCAUCUCUUGUUUCUCAGGACGGCGACAAGCCAGUGGAAUGUAAGAAUCAAUGAACACAGAUUCGGUUUCUCUUUGAGGAAAACUUUCUAUGAAAGAAAAGCCAAUUUGCGGUGCUUUUGAUUGACUUUGUCCUGGAGAUCUGGAGUUGAUUGACAUAGCCUUGGAAAGUCAGGAUUGAAAGCCAUCCAUAUAUUUAUUUUAAAACGUUCAUUGAACAACUUAAUCGUUGCUGGGAAAGCCACCUCUUGUCAAUGAAGUAUCGUUUGCAGCUUUAUCUUCUUCGUUCUCUUGUUAACCAAGGAAUCCCACGUUUUGCUUAACCCUUUAAACCCUGAGAGUGAGUGGCAUCUAAUUUCUCCUAACAAUAUCCCCCCUGAAUCACACAUUAAGGUCAUGAGAAUAAAGCAAAUGAUCACCAACGAAAGAAGCUUUUGAUCAGUAAACGAAUUUUCCUUGUCAGUAACCUUAGGGAAAUGUAUAAAGAAGGAUA